CCUCGUUCAGCUUUCUGAGGGUUGAUCCUGAGAGUUAGCCAAUAGCUGGCCCUGGGAUGCAGGGUAUAAAGACACUGUUGGAUGACUGAAGACCCACACAGCUGUUUGAUCCUCCACUGUGUAAAUCAGCAUUCCUGAUGGAGAGGCUGAAGUCUAACGGAGGGGAGCACGAUAACCCCGGUUACGAUUCCACUCUGGAUGAACCUCCCAUCUACGUGGAGACGAACUUCUCCAACGGGGACCACCGGACGGUCCGGCCCUCGGUGGUCAGUGCCUUUGGUCAUGACACUUUGGACCGGGGACCCAACAUUGACUUCUAUCGCAACGCGGGCAGUGUGAGUGGUCACCGGGCAGUGCGACCGUCUCUGCAGGAGCUCCACAACGUGUUUCAGAAGAAUGGAGCGAUCUCCGUGCCAGACACCGUGGAGGACGAUGGUGAGGGGAGUGACGGGACCCCCUCUGAUGAUCUGGAGUCUGCCGUUCCCGUUGAAACCAACGCAGGAGCACUAAAGUUUGGCUGGAUAAGGGGCGUCUUGGUGAGAUGCAUGCUGAACAUCUGGGGGGUCAUGUUGUUCAUCCGUCUGUCCUGGAUUUUUGGUCAGGCAGGCUGGGGUCUGGGAAUCGUGGUGAUUGCUCUCAGCUGUGUGGUCACCACCAUCACCGGCCUUUCAAUGUCUGCCAUUUGCACUAAUGGUGUGGUCAGGGGAGGCGGAGCCUACUACUUGAUAUCUCGCAGUUUGGGGCCAGAGUUUGGCGGGUCGAUUGGUCUAAUUUUCGCCUUUGCCAAUGCGGUGGCUGUCGCUAUGUACGUGGUGGGGUUCGCUGAGACCGUGGUGGAGUUGCUCAAGGAUAACGCCGCCAUCAUGGUGGAUGAAAUAAAUGACAUCCGAAUCAUCGGCUGCAUUACCGUGGUGUUGCUGUUGGCCAUAUCCAUUGCUGGAAUGGAAUGGGAGGCCAAGGCACAAAUUCUUCUACUCGUUAUCUUGCUGGCGGCCAUAGUGAACGUAUUCGCGGGAACUUUCAUGCCAGCAACUGAUGAUAAGAAGUCCAAAGGCAUUUUCAAUUAUGACUCAAGAAUAUUUUUAGAGAAUUUUACACCAGAUUUUCGAGACGGGGAGAGCUUUUUUUCAGUGUUUGCCAUCUUUUUCCCUGCUGCGACCGGGAUCCUGGCUGGAGCAAACAUCUCCGGUGACUUGCGGGAUCCCCAGGAAGCCAUCCCUAAAGGCACCUUGCUGGCCAUCCUGAUAACUGGCAUCACCUAUCUGGGAGUGGCCCUCAGUGUUUCUGCCACUGUUGUCCGUGACGCCACGGGAAACGUAACUGACCUCGUUACUGCUGGUUUGUCGUGUAACGGUUCGUCGGCUGUAGCCGCCUGUGAGCUCGGCUAUAAUUUCUCUUCCUGCGCGGUAGAGAAAUGCAUAUUUGGCUCAAUAAACACCAAUCAGGUGAUGACCAUGGUCUCUGGGUUUGGUCCCCUGAUCAUUGCUGGAACGUUCUCCGCCACACUUUCAUCAGCCCUGGCUUCCCUCGUCAGCGCUCCCAAAGUCUUCCAGGCACUGUGUAAAGACAACAUCUACAAGAUCCUGCACUUCUUUGCCAAAGGAUACGGCAAGAACAACGAGCCAAUCCGUGGCUAUGUCCUCACAUUCAUUAUUUCGGUUGCCUUCAUUCUCAUUGGUAAUCUCAACACCAUCGCUCCUAUCAUCUCAAACUUCUUCCUGGCAUCUUAUGCCCUCAUCAAUUUCUCCUGCUUCCAUGCAUCCUACGCCAAGUCUCCAGGUUGGAGACCGGCAUAUAAAUUCUACAACAUGUGGCUCUCCCUGUUGGGCGCAUUGCUCUGCUGUGUUGUCAUGUUUGUGAUCAACUGGUGGGCGGCUCUCCUCACGUACGCCAUUGAAAUCCUACUCUACAUUUAUGUCAUGGUCAAGAAGCCAGAUGUGAACUGGGGUUCGUCCACGCAGGCGGUGACAUUUGUGAGUGCGGUCAGCAACGCUCUGUCUCUGUCUGGGGUCGAGGAUCACGUCAAGAACUUCAGGCCUCAGAUCUUAGCAAUGACGGGAUCAGCACGGGCCAGACCGGCUCUCCUGGACCUGGCUCACUCUUUCUCUAAGAACUAUGGACUCUGUCUCACCUGUGAAGUGAUUGUGGGUCCGAGAUCAGAGGUCCUCGAAGAGAUGAACGCCGGCAUGGAGAAGAACCAGCUGUGGCUCAGGAAAACCAAACGCAAGGCAUUCUACGCUGCCGUGGCCUGUGACCGCUUUCGGGAUGGGGCUGAGAGCCUGCUGCAGGCUUCUGGUCUCGGCCGCAUGAAGCCGAACACAUUCCUCAUCGGCUUCCAGAGGAACUGGAGGACUGCGGGCACAGAGGCAGUGCAGAGUUAUGUGGGAGUACUGCACGAUGCAUUUGACUUUGAGUACGGGACAUUGAUUCUGAGGAUGAACCAGGGACUCGAUGUGUCGCACAUCGUGGAAGCUGAAGAGGAGAUGCUCAAAUCGGCGAAGGAGCAACAGGCACUGGACAAAGACAUGAUGCCGAACGGUGGGAAAGCAAAAGGACUGUUCAGGAAGUCCAGGAAGUCCUCGAAGCCAGUGCUCACGACCAGAGUGUCAGUGUGCGGCCCCCCGCCCCCGCAGGUUGCCAAGAUGAACGAGAGGCUGUUGGAGGCCAGCGCUCAGUUCCAGAAGAAACAGCCAAAGGGCACCAUUGAUGUGUGGUGGUUGUUUGAUGAUGGAGGUCUUACGCUGCUGCUCCCCUACAUCCUCACUACCAGGAAGAAGUGGAAAGACUGUAAAUUAAGGAUCUUCAUCGCAGGGCAGCCUGGACGCUGUGACCAGGACAAGCAGGAGAUGCAGUCUCUGUUGGAAAAAUUCAGAAUUAACUGCACGGACAUCCACGUCAUCGAUAACAUCCACGUCCAACCCAGCGCUGAAAGCUUUAAAAAGUUAGAGGACAUGAUUGAGCCUUUCUGUCUGCAUGACGGGUCUAAAGACGCCGCUCAGGCUGAAGCCAUGCGAAAAGAGCAGCCCUGGAAAAUCACAGACGAAGAGCUGAGCUCCUUUGAGGAGAAGACCAACCUCCAGGUACGGCUGAACGAGGUGCUUCAGGAAAACUCCAAAUCAGCCAAUCUGAUCAUUGUGAGCAUGCCCAUUGCCCGGAAGGAGUCCGUCUCUGAUUUCCUCUACAUGGCCUGGCUGGACAUUCUGACAAAGGACCUUCCGCCCACCCUGCUCAUCAGAGGCAACCACAAGAGUGUGCUGACGUUCUACUCCUGA